CGAGUCUCAUAGCAAAGGGUCUGAAUACUUAUGUAAUUAAGGGGCUGUUUGACGGGGCUGAAGUGGUUCUGGGGCAGGCUGCAGGCCUGCUGGAGCUUGGCCCAGAGCAGCAGUUCAUUAACCAGAAGAUGAGGCCUGGCUCCGGGGUGCUGUCUGUCCAUGUCCUGCCUGACGGACCCACACGAGUCCCGCAGAUCAGUGACUUCAACCAGCGGCGAAUUAACCGGACAUCCCCGAGCACAGAGGAGGACCAGAACAAAGACAAUGUUCAGAUUCCAGAGCAGGAACUGGAGGUGUUGGUGAACUUGGAGGAAUAGCUGCUAGAAGAGCUGGUGUUCACUACGCUGUUGAGUAUAGACGUCCAAUUCACGCACACCGCAGCCAACGAGGUCCUGGAGAUGGGGAUCCAGAACAUCCAGGUGGAUAACCAGCUCCUGGGCACCACUCAGCUGGUGAUGCUGUGUGUGUCCCUAGGCUCCAGUAGUGAUAGCAACAUUGUGGACACUGGCGCCGCCCUGCAGGUCAACUCCGUUAAAGUCCCCAGCAGCCUCAUGCUCACCGACAUCUUCAAGUUUGCAGGGACCUUGUCAGAUGGGUAGGGCAAGACCAUGGACAACCGACGUCAGAGCGAACGAGAGUACAUCCGUUACCAUGGCACCACCAACCAUCUGGUGGCCGGGAAUCAUGGAUUGGCUCAUGGUAUCAUCGGUGGCGGGUUGAUCAGCGUCAUCACGUCCACAGUGGAGGGGGUGAAGACCGAGGGAGGGGUCAGUGGCUUCUUCUCAGGCUUGGGGAAAGGUCUGGUCGGUACGGUAACCAAGCCGGUGGCCAGAGCGCUGGACUUUGCCUCGGAGACAGCACAGACGGUCCGAGACAUGUCCAGCCUAAGUAACCACAGGUUGAUUGUGCUGCGGGUGAGGAAGCCACGCUGCUGUAAGGUACCCCAGGGCCUGCUGCCCCGCUUCUCCUCCACCCAGGGCCUGCUGCCCCACUUCUCCUCCACCCAGGGCCUGCUGCCCCGCUUCUCCUCCACCCAGGGCCUGCUGCCCCACUUCUCCUCCACCCAGGGCCUGCUGCCCCACUUCUCCUCCACCCAGGGCCUGCUGCCCCGCUUCUCCUCCACCCAGGGCCUGCUGCCCCGCUUCUCCUCCACCCAGGGCCUGCUGCCCCGCUUCUCCUCCACCCAGGGCCUGCUGCCCCGCUUCUCCUCCACCCAGGGCCUGCUGCCCCGCUUCUCCUCCACCCAGGGACUGCUGCCCCACUUCUCCUCCACCCAGGCCGACGGACAGGAGCAGCUCUUCCACCUCACUGACAACAUCCACUCUGAGUUCUUCAUUGCUGUGGAGCCCAUUGACACCCACUGUGUGCUCAUAUCUUCCAAAGUGGUCUACUUCCUCAAACCCUGUGAAUUUGUAGACCGCAAUGCCAUCUUCCUGGAGGUCAAGUAUGAUGACCUGAACCACUUCCUGGUCUCAAAGGACCAUGGGAAGGUGUAUGUGCAGCUCACCAAGAAGGCAGAGCACCAGCAGUGGCGUAGCCAUGCCAGGCCCUCCCAACAGAAGCCUAUGAGCGAGAAUCUUGCUGUGAAAAUCUCCGGGCCGCCCCCAGGUGGUAAGGGUAGGUAACAACACAUCUGCCACACUGAUCCUCAACACGGGGGCCCC